AUGCCCUCACCAUCGUUGCUAUCAUUCCUCAGUGUGGACAAGAUGCUUUCAGUACGAUCCGCCGUGUUCGCUCUGUUGCUCCUCUGGACCUCAAACGAAGAUGGCUCAGACGACACUCCCGCAAUCCUCGAAGCCUUUGAAGAAUGCGGCACCGAUGGACGCAUCAUCUUCCAGAAUAAGACCUACCAUAUUGACCAGAUUAUGACGACCACAGGGCUGUCCAACGCGGAAAUUGACAUUUACGGGACACUUCUGUGGAGCGAUAACACCUCUUACUGGCUUUCACACAACCAGUGGACGGGCUUCCAGAACGGGAGCGCGGCAUGGUUCCUCGGCGGCACGAACGUGACGGUCAAUGGAUAUGGAUACGGCACGCUGGAUGGCAAUGGGCAAGCCUGGUACGAUCUAGUCAACGGCGAAUCCAACUAUCCCAAGCGGCCGCAUGCUCUCGCAGUGUGGGAAGCUUCGAACAUGACCUUCAAAGACCUACGCAUGGUGCAAAGCCAGAUGUGGACGAUGGCCAUAAUGUGGUCCAGCAACGUGCUUUUCGACGGCGUCUACAUCAACAGCACCUCGGGCAGCAGCGCGCCGGCCCGCAACACCGACGGCGCGGAUACAAUCAACUCGGAUGGCAUCACGUUCCGCAACAUGUACAUCCGCAAUGGCGACGACGCCAUUGCCCUGAAGGCCAACUCGACGAACAUCUUGAUUGAAGACUCGACCUUCGACAAUUCGCUAGGCAUUGCCUUUGGCAGCCUAGGCCAGUACGACGGCGUGUGGGAGCGUGUUGAGAACGUCACUGCCCGGAGAAACACCUUCUUGGGAACGCGGUAUGGAUCUUACGUGAAAACGUGGACAGGGGACCAAGUGGACUACCCUCCCAAUGGAGGCGGAGGGGGGAUCGGAUACCUCAAGAAUGCAACACUGGAGGAUUUCACAUUUUCCGAGCUAGAACGCUACCCAUUCUACAUCACGCAGUGCACAACCUUCAGCGGUACCACCGGGGAUUGUGACAGCAGCCUGUUUGAGAUUUCGAACAUGACGCUGAGGGACUGGACUGGAGACGCCAACACUAGCUACAAAGCCUGGCUGGAUUGCAGUGAGGCUUCGGGCGGUUGCACGGACAUUACAAUGUCCGGUGUCGAUCUCAUAAACACGGAGACUGGGGAGGACGUGACAAAGGUCCGGUGUGACCACGUGUCUGGUACCAACGGCUUUGAUUGCGAUUGA